UGUAUUAGGUGUUGCACACCGGAAGAAGCGCACGGAGUGUAGUGUAGAGAGAGCGGUCUUUGUAACAAUUGCUUAUUUUCAUUGCAAUGGAGAGGGUUGUGGGUUAAACAACUGGUGCGGCAGCUCUGGAGCAAUUUUAGCUACAGAACUGCCGCUUGAUUAUGAAAAAGAAGAUGGCUGAAUUUGGACCAGAUUCUGGGGGCCGAGUUAAGGGUGUUACAAUUGUGAAGCCAAUCGUUUAUGGAAAUGUUGCACGAUAUUUUGGAAAAAAGAGAGAAGAAGAUGGACACACUCAUCAGUGGACUGUAUAUGUGAAGCCGUACAGGAAUGAAGAUAUGUCUGCAUAUGUAAAAAAAAUUCAAUUCAAACUACAUGAAAGUUAUGGAAAUCCACUAAGAGUUGUCACAAAACCACCAUAUGAGAUAACAGAAACGGGCUGGGGUGAAUUUGAAAUUAUCAUUAAAAUCUUUUUCAUUGAUCCAAAUGAAAGGCCUGUCACCCUUUACCAUCUACUGAAACUUUUCCAGUCUGAUUCUAGUGCCAUGCCAAAGAAAAUAGUGGUUUCUGAAUUUUAUGAUGAAAUGAUAUUUCAAGACCCCACAGCAAUGAUGCAGCAGCUGUUAACAACUUCACGUCAGUUAACACUGGGAGCCUAUAAACAUGAAACGGAAUUUGCUGAACUAGAAAUGAGAACAAGGGAGAAGUUGGAAGCUGCCAAGAAGAAGACCAGCUUUGAAAUAACAGAGUUAAAAGAGAGACUAAAAGCAAGCCGAGAAACAAUUAAUUUUUUAAAAAGUGAAAUCCGCAAAUUAGAGGAUGAUGACCAAAACAAAGAGACCUGAGUGUAACAAACUUUUGAAAAACAAUUUCUAAACUUCAGAUAUAUUUAUAAUUUUUCUUAGUGGUUUUUAUUUUGAUCUGUUAACAUAUUUGCGUUAAGCUUGUUGAUUGACAUGUAGUUAUAAUUUUAGUAGCUAGUAAAUGUUAUUUUUCAGUA